UGUAUAUUGAUUUGAAUGAUGAGUCUCUACAAAGAUAUGUACAGUUAAAGUAGAUGGAAAAUAGGAACUGAUUCCCUAAAAUCUGUCAUGAAGAUCAGGAAAUAAUAUCUCAAAAAAAUAAAAACAAAAAAGAAGAUAUGAGCCUUCCUAAAAUAUAUCAAUUGCAGUAAUAAAAUUGAUUUGACUUCCUAAACUUGCUGUCAGAACCAAAUAUCUCAAACCUCCCCUACUUGCAAGCAGUUGUGAAAGAAACACUUAGACUGUACCUUCCAUGACCUGUGACAAGGAGAAACACAACAAAAUUAUGUAAUUAGUUGAUAUAUACCAGAAAAAACUGCAGUAGCAAUCAAUCUCUAUGCUAGUAUGAAAGACCGUGAGAAAUGGGAUGAUCCUAAUGAGUUCCGCUAGAGGUGUUCUUGGUUUCCUCAGAAGAACAAGAUGAUUUUGAACAAAAACUAAAGAAAAAACAUCAAUUUUGUCCCAUUUGGCAACGUGAGGAGAGGCUGCCCAGUGACAUUGUUGGUAUCCAGUUUGAUGCAUACUAUGGUUGCUACUGUUCAAUGCUUUGAUUAGAAGGCUGGUGGAGUUGGACAUGGGGCUUAGUUGAUAUGCACUCUAGCCAGGCAUGUCCUUGAGCAUGGUUCACUCAUUCAUGUGUCAUCCCAUAGUUAACUGUAACCCUUUGGAGGGUCAUAUCUGGGUAUUUGAUUCUACAACAAAUGCUAUUAUCAUCUAUGUCCCAAGUGUUUCAAUGCUCUCUAGCUAUAUCUUAACAGUUGUUCCAUGACUAAGAAUGAAUUGUAUAUAACAAGACAUAGUUUCUCAUUGUAUGUUAUUGGAUGAUCAGCCAAGGCUGACUAUAGGACUCCAGAGCCUCUGCCACGAAUUGUAUCACCUAGUUGGAAACCAAUAGUCAUUCCAUAAGUCUAUUGAUUCGCCAUUUCCCACAAGGUUCCAGGGAAAAGACAAUAAUUUAAACCAACUUUGGAAACCCUUAAUGUUCAUUGUCUAGAGUUAGAAACAACCUUUUGUUUUAAAAAAGGUCGUUAUCAGGAUUUAUAUGAUACAAUAAGUAAAGCUCUUUAACCUGAGGCCAAUAUUACAGUUAAAUAGAACAAGCAGUGCUUACGAAAGGAGUAGAACCAAAACAAAUUUGAAAAGCUCUUCCAAUCAAAUUGAUGACUCCAUUACACCUAAAUUGUUUGCAAACAUUUAUUUCCCUAUUGGUCUAAAGACAAAAGCAUGCCACAUGGGGUUUUGUCCUCAAUAGAGAUGGGGAUUCAAUCUUUUGUACAAAACAGAAAGACUUCAGCAAGAUGGGCUAAUCAUUAAAGCCUAAACAUUCUAAAAACAUUAUAUCCCAGAUACCUUGACUUAAAACUGCACAUUCUUUGAAACAACAGGCAUUAGAAGGUUACAAUUCUAAAUUUAAAAAGGACAUCUGAUUUUCUGCCAAGUGCAUGGUUAAAAAUAUUGAAUUCAAGCCAAGACAACCCUAAAAAAUUCAACAACCAAAGGCAGGCCAGAUGGCAACAGAUCACCUCUCUAAACAUCCAUUUCUAAAGGGAAAAUCCUAGGCUUCUUUUGCUGUUCUAAAUAACAAGAUCUGGCUAGCCACUUUGAUUAGAUCAAGUACACUAAAUUCAGGGCAGUUUUGACCCUCAAAAGAGAAUCUAGGUAAUCCGUUAUUUUAUAUCACUGUGAAAAACAGAACACAUAUCAUAACAGAGAUUCACCCCCACACCUUAAUUUAGAAAACUAGCUCACCCCCCUUUUAAGGAUGGUGUGUUGCUGAUCCUCCCCCUAUAUAAAUCUCGAGUCCUUUUUUUUAAUUGAGACGCCAAAUUCCACAACCUAAAUUCAGUACUCUCCAAUGGCAUUGUCAUAUAUUCACCUUGUCUUGGUUUUCUGUGUCUUUGGAACUAGUAGAUACACUAAUUAACUUUCCAUUUCCUGUGACACUUGGUUGAUCUACACAUCUAAAUACAAGUAGUAAUGUUGUAUUAUGUUCUUUAUUCUUCUCAGGUGUUGAUCCUGCGAUUUUCACAUUACCAAAUAGAUGAAGGAAAACUAUAUGGUCGGGGAUCACACCUGGAUCUGGAAAACCUCAACUAAUGGAUGGUGGGCUUGAAUUAAGAACAGGUCAAUCGGUAGAUAUCAAUGCCACACAAGGGUGGUCAGGCCGUUUUUGGGGCCGCCGUAGCUGUUCAUUUGACAACUCAGGAAAGGGAAGCUGUGUCACUGGUGAUUGUGGUGGUGUGCUAAAAUGUGCUGGGGCAGGCGCUGCACCACCUGCAACACUUGCAGAGUUUACCCUUGAUAGCCCUGUAGAUUUUUAUGAUGUUAGCCUAGUUGAUGGAUACAACAUGCCAGUGUCAAUAUUCCCUUCCGGUGGGUCUGGUGAGUGCAAGGCAGUGACACGUGUUUCAGACUUGAAUCACAGAUGCCCCAAGGACCUGCAAGUUCUAAGGAAUGGUACUGUUGUAGCUUGUAAUAGUGCAUGCAUGGCAUUCAACAAACUUGAGUACUGCUGCUCUGGAGCCUACAGUACUCUUGAAACCUGCGAGCCAACAGAGUAUUCUAACAUGUUCAAGGCUUCUUGUCCUACAUCUUAUAGCUAUGCAUAUGAUGACCCAACAAGCACUUUCACAUGCAAAGGAGCUAAUUACUUGAUCAGAUUUUGUUAAAAUUUAUUUCUAAGAAGCAAAGAACCCUUAUAUGUACAGAACAUUUGAACAUCAUAUAAGCACAAUCCAAUGAAGAUACGUUUAUGCUGCAGGUAAGCAAUAUAUUUGGGCCUUAUAAAAGUAGAUUGGAUAGAAAUCAAUUCCAGUACGCUUGUGAACACAAAGAAAACCCAGAUUCAUUUCUUCUUGUUAUGGAUGGAUGGACUAGUUAUGACUUGGGAUUUAUCUAUACAUGCUAGGCACCUAAGGAGUGUAGGACACCACCAUCUAUACAUGCAUGCUUAUCUCUGUUGUUAUUAAUUUUGCUCUGCUUUCCUAAUGAUUAAGAUGUAACUUAUAGGUAGAAUACUGUCAGAAAGCUUUGAAUCUCAAACCUCAAAAGUUAUUCAACUAGCCAAGCAACUGCUGAAAGCGAUCUACAUAGUUCAAAACAGAGCACACUCUAAGUUUAAAGUAUCAA